GCGGCUCCAAAAGGUACCAAGAAACUUCCCCUGCUCCCACUACUACAAACCCUGAUUUAUCCAAACAAGGAUUAGCGGAGUCGGAUUCGUCGUCUAGGGUUUACGCUCGUCAACGCCAACGAAUGCUCGCCGCCGGGGUGAUGAGUCGCACGGCGAACGCCGGCGCCGGGAUCCCCUCAGGCCAUCGCCGGAGCUGGUGGCCGCGGGGGAUGGAGCGCUUCAAGCUAGGGUUUCACGCUCCGAGCUCGGCGCACCCCCCGAGGACGCGGGCGCGGUGGGCGGGGUGCUUCGGGGCGGCGGCGGCGGCGGCGGCGGCAACGUCGUCGUCGGCGACGGCGACGGCGGUGGCGGCGCCGAGGGCGAAGCAGGUGGAGGUGGAAGAGUCGCGCGGUGGCGGGGAGGACAUAUGGAGCGCGGCGGCGGAGGUGGAGCGGGGAGGGUUCCCGGAGCACCUCAUCAUCAUGGUCAAUGGCUUGGUGGGGAGUGCAGAGGAUUGGAGAUUUGCUGCGGAGCAGUUUGUGAAGAGGCUUCCGAAUAAAGUAAUCGUGCAUCGCAGUGAGUGCAAUUCUUCUAGACUGACAUUUGAUGGGGUUGAUAUGAUGGGUGAGAGGCUGGCUCAAGAGGUUCGAUCAGUUAUUGAGCAAAGAAGAGGUGUGCAGAAGAUCUCAUUUGUGGCCCACUCAUUGGGAGGCUUGGUAGCCAGAUAUGCUGUAGGAAGGCUUUAUGAACCUAUCGGCAAAAGAGAAUCUCCUCCUCGUCCCGACAAGCAUUUAGAUGAAGAUAAGUGUUUGGAAGGUCGAAUAGCUGGCUUGAUACCUAUGAAUUUUAUAACAUUUGCAUCGCCUCAUCUUGGCUCAAGGGGGAAUAAGCAGCUUCCGUUUCUUUGUGGUCUUCCUUUCUUGGAGCAAAGGGCAUUGGAAACUGCACAUUUAAUAGUUGGGAGAACAGGAAAUCAUCUAUUUCUCACAGAUAGUGAUGGUGGGAGGCCGCCGCUACUCGUUCGAAUGGUUGAUGACUGUGAUGAUAUAAAGUUUAGGUCAGCCUUGCGCUCUUUCAAGCGCCGUGUUGCCUAUGCAAAUGCAAAUUUUGAUCAUAUGGUGGGAUGGAGAACGUCAUCAAUCCGGCGUCAACAUGAAUUACCAAAACAUCGACUUCUUGUACAUGAUGAGAAGUAUCCGCACAUUGUUCACGUUGAUAAAGGAAAUGCAGAGAACAAUCACAAAGUACUUGCGGAUGUCAGAGCUCAAACACAUGACCUAGAAGGUUUAACAAAUUGUCUUUUUUUCCCCCUCCUACUAAAUCCAGAGGUGAUGAUUAGAGGUCUUACACAAGUAUCUUGGGAACGUGUAGAUGUAAGCUUCGAAAAAAGUAGGCAAAGAUACGUUGCCCAUAAUACCAUCCAGGUCAAGAGCUACUGGUUGAAUUCCGACGGAACGGAUGUGAUCUGCCAUAUGAUCGACAAUUUUCUCAUUUGAUCCAGUGAUUAAUUUUGCAAACCUCAUAAGGUGUUUAGGGUUUCUGGAUCCCACCAUUGUCGCGGAUUAAUGAAUGUAAAUUGAUAGAUGCUAUAUUGUCCAAUUUUGUGUGUAAGUAAACAUGUUGUACAAUAUUUUGAUCCAAUUGUAAAUUACAAUCAUUUUCUGAGACAGGUAAUUGUGCAUUUUCAGAUA